AUGGCUAAGAAAAUAUCAAAGAAUUCUAGAGCCGCUAGACAAGCGGAAAUUUAUGAUCCAGAAGUAAAGGAUUUAACCGAACUACCAAGACCAGAAAAAACUAACUUGUCCAAUAUCUUGAUUAGAACAGCUGCCAAGAAUGAAGCAUUACUGGAAGCAAAGAUUUCUAAGAAAGCAAAUAGAAGCAAGAGGGGUAAAAAGAUAAAUAAAAAGGUUCUAGAAGAUAAGUUAGCCAAUUCUAUCUCAUUGAUGGACAAGGACCGUUUAGUGAAGGCUUUGAAUUUCACCAAUCGUUUGGAUGGUAAGAUUGCCAAGUCCAUUUCUCGUGCCAAGUACGUCCAGAACACAAGAAAGGCUGGCUGGGAUAGCACUAAUGAAACUAUAAAGAGAGAGUUGGCUCUUUUAAGCGGAGGUUAUUCCGCGAAGGCCAAGAAUACCGAUGAAGACGACCUGAACAAAACAAAGGAUGAAAGUGAGGAGAUAUCAGACGUAUUUGAGUCUUCAACUGAGAGUAAGCGAGUAGAGAAAGAGUCUGUCAAUAGGUUUGGUGUCUUACCAGAUGAUGUUGAAGACUAG